UUACCAAUAGCAGCAGCAUUAAGUUUCCUUGCUGCAACUAAAUUUACAUAAAACAGCUACAAGAUGUCGGGCAAAAUGAAUAAAGUUAAGCUUUCUAAAGGUAUUUUACAGAUGAAAUUCAUGUCCCGAACGAAGGAGAAAGUUGAAAAAGAAGCCGAUGCAGAAAAGGGCCGAGCACUGUACGCCAGCGAGAUUACGGACAAAAUGCUACAUGAAUCUAUCAAAUACAUACUGGAGCCAAGCUACGUCCCUUGUGAGGAUCUUAUCGACGGUCGAGUCAGCUACGGCGGUAUGAAUCCAGAAAUUGAACGAAUAAUCGCUAUUGAGACUGGUAUCGACAUUGCAAAACAGCAGCGGGAAGAAGCCGUCAAGGACGCAAAAAUGACGACAGACGUGCCGGAUGCGGAGAUGGCGAAGUUUUACUCUACCGUAGUCAAUAGUAUGAACAAGAAGUACCAAACCAAGCCGAAGCGACUUCAACAUCCGUUACCACUUAACAUAAAGCGUUCGAAGUAGGUUCCCAAUAUAACUGAACUUCCAUCCAAUUUAGCUAUGUUGUUAUUUAAUAUUUUAUUAUAUUACAUAUCGUUGCUUUAAGUCGAAAACCUUACAUAAAACAGUUUA